GAAAAUUGCAAUUGGCGGCUCCAAACACUGUUGUCGUUGCUGUCGCAAAAGCAAUUCAGUUGUCAAAUGUGUUUGAGACGUUGAGGCGAGUGGCUGGUGAUUUUGUGAUUGCGGUCAUAAAGUUGGCAAAGUGAGAAAAAAACACACAUACGACCCCAAUCUAGUUGGAGAAAAAUCCAUUUCAAGUGAGAAAAAUGGUGCCGUGACUGCUAAUAAGAAAUGGUGGAACACUUCCGGUUUGCAAAAAAAAUGAAAAAAUUCAGCGUAUGCCAAUGCAGUGCUGUCAUUAUUUAAGUGAGUAGCAGCAUAGCAGCGCACAAACAUAUUUGUGUCUGAGUGUCCUUUGCGCGAAAAAAAGAAGUAAAAAAUAAAUUAAUAAAAAAAUGAUAUAACAAAAUAACUGGAAAAGUGUGUAAAAGAACGGAAACCUUCUUUCCUAAUCCGAUUUUCAGUUGAAAUUUCAAACAACAAAAACCUAGAAAAAAAACUUUUAAAAGCAACAUUACAUUUCUCCCUUGAACUUACCUUGCCGCUCGCAUGACUCAUCCACAUUCUAACUGACCCCCUUUUGUGCCAUUGUCGCUGGCUUAAAAUCAACAAAUAAGUCCACACAUCAACACAUCGUGUCGUCGUGUUUGGAAAAUGAAAAGUCACAACAAAUAUGCAAAAUUACCCCAAGAUUUAGAUUUAAGUUUCCAAGAGCAAUUGGACGUGGAUGCAGACGCUUCGGAUGAUUUCAAUUUAGCCGCUGGCAUUGGUUUGGUAGACGACACCGACGACGACGAACGUGUCGCAACAACUGGCGACCUAAGAGGAGUAGCUACAACAGCAGCGGAGGGUCACGUUUACGACGACGAAGAGGACGACAUUGUAAUAGCAACAGCUGCGGGAGGUGGCGGCAGUAGUGCGGGAAAGCGUACGGAUGUUGGUAGCGGUGGAACAGCAGGUGUGCGUGUGAACACGUCAGCCAUCUGUGGCGAACGAAAAGUACGAGGCGGUGUUGCUGUUGGUUUGGGCAGCGAUAGUAUAAUCGAGGUAAGUGAAAACGAAUCAAUGAAAAAUUAGACAAAUCGAAAAUGAAUAUAAAAUGAAUAAUUAAUGCCGCCUUUCUGUGGUUAGCACAUUUAAGGAUUCAGUAAGAUUGUAGGAUACUCGUAUUUGUUUUUGCUUUUUGCAAUAAGAAGAGAACGAGCAAUGGGGUUUUGAAAAUUGUAUAAAUUGACUCAAAUGACCUGGGAAUUUGAUUUUGUAACGAAACUUAUGUACAUAUUCAAUGUCAAACGUUGAUUAUCUAAUGAUCGAAUAUAAUUAGCACAAUGUUUACACUAUACGUCAAAAUCGAACUUGUUUUGUGGUAUAAAAAUCAAAUAAAUAAAUAAUUGGCGCUUACACCAUUUUUUUGGGGUUUGGCCGAUCUCCUCCUCCUAUGUGGGGCGUGCGUCUUGAUGUUGCUUCACAAAUGGAGGGAUCUAAAGUUUCAAGCCGAUUCCAAACGGCAGAUAUUUUUUAUGAGAAUAUUUUUCAUGGCAGAAACUCUCUCGCAGGUUUGCUAUUGCCUGCCGAGGGGCGACCGCUAUUAGAAACAUCUUUUUCUAUCAUUUUGCUGUUUCGUGGCAUAGGAGUAAAAAAAGUGUGUACUCCAUUUGUAAAUUUACAGCUAAACGUCAAAGUUUAACAUGUCUUCAGCAGUUCUGUGUAGAGAAAAACGGGGAAUAUUUUUUAACUGUUCAAAACAUGGGCUUGUUUGCCUCUUUUGUAGGAAAAGAUAAACGGUACUUAACAGGUACUUAACGGUACUAUAACAGUAUAAGAUAUACCCCAAAUGUAUUUUUCACUAAAUUGUACUAUGAGUCUCUUAAUACACCAAAGCUCAAAAUUUAACUUAAAUGCCAGAAAAUAGUUAAAUUUUUAAAUUUGAUUUGAUUUAAUUUUCAUUGGAGCCGAACAUUCUUGCAAAAUGUAGGUAGACACCGGAACAGUCGAAACAGACUUAAAACCUUCAAACUUACAGAUCAGUUACUUAGCAUGGAUUCGAAUGUAUUUGUAUUUUAUUUUAUUGGUAUUAUCUUCAAGGAAGAAAUACUUAAUCUGCCUCUUUUCUUUGGGCUGUUUAAAAUUUGCAUUUAUCAAAAGAGCUAUUUUAUGAGCUGAGCUUUUGAUUGGUGACGCUUUAGUGUUAGUGUACUUUGCUCCUUGCCCAAACUCGAUGGACAUGAAACAUCAAAGAAUGGAGAACGGAGCAGGUUAGUCACUCUACGGUAGGCAAUUGUAAAUUUCCAUAAAAAGCUACACAUUAAACCACAGGCCUUUCUAUUUGUAUGGCAACGUCACGACGUACAAAGUUAGUGGAAGGAGAAGCUGGGGAAACACAUAAAAAUAAAUUUACCCGCCAAUAACAUAUGAAUUUAUAUGAGUUGUGGUUAUUUCGAUUUCGAAUAAGAUAUACAUAAGGAACCCUGAUUCAAGAAGGUAAAAGCACGCAUUUAGAAAUUAGUUACCUAUUAUAUAGUUACCAUUUCAAAGCAAAACAACACCAAGACUUGGUCAAGCUAUUAUGUCGGUCAUAAAGGUUAGCCAAAUAAUUUCGUAUCUCAAGUCUGUAGUGCCUGUUCAAAAACAAUAAAAUAGCAACUCGUAGUUUCCCAGUAAAACAAAAAUGUAAUCGAAAAAAAUAACAGAAAAAAUAAGAAAAAAAAACAUGCAAGCCAAAACCAUAACCAGUAAACGGAAGUACUGGUCAUGUUGUCAUGUUGUGGCUGUCAGGAUCCAUCAUAAAUAGAAAUAACACAAUUGAUUGACGUGGAUUUAAGUCCUUCGCUGUCGCAUGAUUGGUCAAUGUCACCUUGUAAAUGUAAUAUUCACUGCGAGAAGUAAAAAAAUCAAUCGAUUCGACUGAAUUUUUAGUGGUGGCAAAAUUUGAGCAUACAUAUGUAUGUGUGUACAAAACAAACAUGUACAAAUAUACAUAUUUACACAUAAAUACUAAUGGAUAAAUGAGUAUCCGUCUUUGGCGCAACUUAAUGGAAAACUUGUAAAGUAAGUUUCCUUAAUAACUUAAGGGUAGAAACUUAUAAAAUAUGUACUCGUUUGUAUGUAGGCGUGUAGGUAUGUUUGUAGUAUGAGAUUGAUCGAUAGAAAAUGAGAAAGAAAAUUAUAAACUGUGAUGAUUGAAAGGACAUUUGUGUGGUAGUGACGUGUAUAGUGCGAUUCAGGUGCGAUUAUACUUGAGAACAAGUAACAAACUUAUUUAGUUAGCCGCUAAGACAUUGAUGCAAGUUCUAGCUUGAGCAUUUAUUAUGCAAUUAUGGUAAAUGAAAUUUUAGAAAUGCUAUAUGCAAUUACUAUUAAUCGCUAGAUGGCCAGAUGCAGUUAAAAAUUUUUUAAAUGAAGCGUAAAAAGUUAUUUUAGCACUAAAUUUAAGCUCUUAUGCUCUCUCUUUAGAUCAUACAGUAUUCAUUGUUUUAUAUAAUAUUCUCCCUCCCCUCAUUUUACCCUAUAUGGCAAGAGUACCACGGGUACACUACAAGUAGCACUAGAGAGAGUGCCGUUUUAAAUAAUUUUCUCCUUUGCUCUCAUUUUCCCCUACUUAAUUACAAAUUUUUGAUCCUAUUACUAGAAGUUUUUAGUGAUACAAAUUUUCAAGGCCCUUUUUAGCCCAUAAGGCAUUUGCUUUAUAGUAAGCGUCCCCUAUCAAUGCAUCCUGUUAUGAAAACUUUUCUCAUAUACAAGCGCACACACAUCCACACACGUAUUUGUGAUAGAUGCAUCUGACUAAGUUUAUUUGCCUGUGUGCAUGUAAAAAGUGAAAACUUUUCCAUAUCCUUUGCCAAGUUCAUUCAUGUGGCAGUUUUUGUUGAACUUUUCACCAAAAUAUUUUGCCAGAAAUAUUUAUACACUUCCUCCCUCAAACUUGUGAUCCUUAAAAUAUCCCCUUCUUUUAGCACAUACCACAACUCACACUCAUACAUGCACUACAUUUCUGCUUUCUUAUGAAGAAAUUCCAUUGCUGGCAAAAAUUCCGCUGCGCUAUAUCUGUGGUAAAAAAGCGUACUAGUAUUCGUUUACUUACUUGCAUAUAGGUAUGUACUAGUAUGCAUGUAUGGGUAUGUAUUUGCAAAUGGGCGGAUUGGAACCCGUUUCAUUACAAUCGAAAAUCUUGAAGACUUGUGUGUUAUGCUGUGAAUGAGUAAAUUGGUUAACUAAAUUUGUGCUGAAAAAGUGAAUUUUAGUUGGUAUGAUGGGGAAAAAUGAUAUGCCUAUGAGUAUGUUUGUAUACUCGUAUAACUUGUGUAAAUGCAAGAACUCUUUGAUGUUUGAGUAUGUAGAUUUUGUAUGGGGUAGAGUUAAAAGAGUUGAAGGCGAGAAAAAUGGCAACUUUUUAUUUUUAUUUUUGAAUAAAAUAAAAUUGACAAAAUAAAUAAAUAAAAGGAAAGAAGAAACAAAAAUAAAAUAAAAAAUAGUAAGAUUAAGAAAAACAAAAUGUAAGGGGGGGAAAAUAAAAAAAAUAAAAUGAAAUGAAAUAGAAAGUAAAGUAACAUAAAAUAAAAAUAAUAAAUAAAGAAAAAUUAUAAAUAAAUAUAAAUCUUUAUAUAUAAAAAUGAAUGUUUGUCUGUAUGGCCUCGAUGAACUCAAAAACUACUGGACCGAUUAUUAUAAAAAUUGGUAUAUACAUAUAUGUAUUUUUCCAUCAGGUGGCGCUGCAGAGUAGCAACUUCUGCCCCGUUCAACCGAUUUUUUUCGAAAUAAACAAAAUCAAUAAAAUGGUUUAGAAUGAAUUGAAUAUUUAUGUGCCGAUUUUUCUUUAAAAUUAUUAUUUUUUAAUUUAUUUUAGUUGCUAGCGUAGCAACGCGCGCCGGGUGCAGCUAGUAAAAAUAUAAAAUUAUACAAUAACAAAUAAAAUAAUAUACAAUAAAAAAUAAAAUACUAAGCUAAUAUAAAAUAAAUACAAAAUAAAUAUUAAAAACUAUAAUUAAGUGAAAUGAAAUAACAAAUAAAGUAAAAUAAGAGGAUAUAAAAUGUCACGGGUGAUUUUUUAGCUAUUAUCUUUUUAAACAGUUUGUUUAAACAGCUGACGCACGUUUCGUGUUUUGUUUCACUGCCAAAUAUCUUCAGUUUGGUCUAUAAUUUAACCAUAAAUCGUCUUACAAACGACCUACGCUUGCAAAUCAUUGAAUUUUAUUAUAAAAAUGCGUGUUCUGUUAAGAAAGUUUAUCGCGCGCUUCUUCCAUUUUAUGGUCAGUUUAAUCGACCCCCUGAAGUGGCUAUUCGAGCUAUUGUGGCUAAAUUUAGAACCAAGUUCACAUUAUUAGACAUCAAACCACCAACACGCUUACGUAGAGUGCGAACUGAAGAAAAUAUCGCAGCUGUAUCGGCCAGUGUUAAUGAUGACCAUCAAUUAUCGAUUCGUCGCCGUUCGUAGUGUUACUGUGAAUGGUGAGUGCUACCGUGCGCUACCAACUUUUUUUUGCCCAUGCAAGAGCUUGACUUGCAUGACAUGUGGUUUCAGCAAGACGGUGCCACAUGCUACACAGCACUCGUAACAAUGUACUUGUUGAAAGGCGAGUUCGGUGAACAUUUUAUUUCACGUUCGGCACCUGUCAAUUGGCCACCCAGAUCGUGCGAUAUAACGCCUUUAUAUUAUUUUUUGUGGGGCUAUGUUAAAGCGCAUGUCUAUUCAGACAAGCCUGCUUCAAUUAACGCAUUGGAAGACAACAUUAAAGCAUUUAUAUGUGAGAUACCGGCCGAAACAUUGGAAAGAGUAUGCCAAAAUUGGACUAAGCGGAUGGACCAUUUGAAGCGCAGUCGCGGUUUUGCAUGAAAUAAACUUCAAACAUUAAAUUAAUAUAUAUUUUUUUGAAAAACUUUCCUAUAGCUCUUAAAUAUCACCCUUUAGUAGUGUAAAUGAAGGAAGAAAAAUAAAGAAAAGUAAUAAAAGAAUAUAAAAGUAAAAUUAAUUUAAAAAAAUAAUUAAUA